CAAAAGAACGGCGGCUGAUUCAUGAGACUAGGGAUAUAGUAUGAUCUAUGUAGUUUUAAAUUCUCAUGGAUCUCUGUGUAGACUAUUUGCUAUAUUGCCGAUAUAGGACUCUGUUGUGUUGUUGGGAUAGAGCUGUGGUGUGAUAGCUGUAUUGUUGAAGCGGUUAACUGUUGUCAAUAGGAAUUCGACUUGAGAUUCAGUUGUUACCAAUGCAUAUCGCGCAUAGUGCAUUUGAACUGUUGGAACUAUUUGUUGAGAUGAACCGAUGCUGUACACUCGUAUUACUGAUUGCCUGCAUUCUCCUUUUCUGUGAUGGUGUCAUUGCAGGUAGUUUCAUUGCUCCACCUGAUAAUGUUACUGUCUAUUCUGGACAAAUGGCGACGUUUACAUGUAAGGUAAGUCGAAGUGGACAGAUGGGACACUACUGGUUGAUUACAGAGGAGCGUUUGCAACCAAUUCAACUUCAAAAUUUCUAUCAAGCCAGUACCUGGUUUCCUAGUGAAGGAGUUAAUGGCCAAAUUAUAUCCUCUAUAGCUUUGCAGAUGAUUGGAAUCUCAGAAACUAACAACACAUCAGUAGAGUGUAUAGCUUAUUAUCUAAACCCUGAGUACAUUCUCAGCGAUCGGGUGUAUCUAAGAGUACAAGGAAUUCUCGAUGCUCCAAGUAAUCUGGCCAGCUCUGCAAUGAAUGACUCAGUGUUGAUAACCUGGACUCCUCCCUCUACUCUGCCGGGUACUACCAUGAGCUUCAGAGUCAACGCGUCAGUGGGAGACCAAUCAGAAAUCUUUACUACCUCUCAACACAACUUCCUUAUCGGCCUCUGUGAUCUUGGUGUUAAUAGCAGUUGUCACUCUAAUUGUGAAUUGAGUGUGUCUGUGAGAAGUAUCAACCAAGUUGGUGAAGGAGAACCAGCAUAUACUACAAUUUCUAUUCAACUGUUCUCAUGUGAUGGAGCUGAGAAUGAUAGACCAGAACCCCCUACAGACCUUGUAGCCAAUGCUCUGGAUGACUCUCUAUCUGUGUCUUGGUCACGCCCCUCCUCCAGUCACCCCAUUUCCCACUACAGUAUGGAUGUAUGGGAUACUCAGACAGAGUCCCUAAUAGCCAAUGAAAUUGAAAUUACUGAUCUAAAAUAUACACUGGAGUACAUGGCUGUGGGCAUAGAUACAUGCAACAGAAGUUAUGGGAUUGCAAUCAGUGUUUGUGCAGUGAAUAUUGCUGGAAAAGGCGUGGCUGUAAACACAACUUCGGCAAUACAACAAAACAUGCAGUCGUGUCCUACUAUUUCUGUUGUAAGGACCGUCAUGACUCCACAAACAGCUACCUCAGCUCAUUUGCCACAUCAUUUGCCAAAAGAUCUGAUCCCACACUACAUAAUAGCUCUGAUAACAGCUGGUGCAUUGAUUGUAGUUGUGCUGAUUCUGGGAGUUGUUGCAAUCAUUGGAACAUACACUUUGGUGAAAAGAAAAAACAAGAUUUAUGACAAUUCAAAGCAAUCCAUUGAGACUGGAAAGAAUCCAUCAUACGAAGAUGCCUCUACAUUAACAAAGAAUCCAUGUUAUGAAGAGCCGCCGCAUCUGUAUGAGUCAAUUGACCAAGUUUACAACACAUGCACUGAUAAUAAAGAUGCAAUUCUAUCAUACCCAAAAAACAUAGAUUUACUAUCAGUUGUAUAUCUCGCUCAUGAGAAUAUAUAGCAAAACAAGGAGCACACAAAACAACACAACAGCCAUCAUGCAGUGGCACAUUUUUUACUCCAUUUUUUUACUGGACGCUACAAUAAUACAUCCUACAUAUACGACAAUCUUGCAAAGAUGAUUAAAAGACUCAAUGUUGUGCAUUGUAAUCUUUCAUGUUUCCAAUUCAACUCAAAGCAUUGAAACAGAAAAGAAUAUUAUCGUCUUCUAUAACAACAAAGCAGAGCCAGCACGUUAAUUUGUACGUCAAUGUUGUGAUGUUAUAACUCGUGUUCCCGACUUGUUUUGCAAUUUAUAUAUAGCAAUCGCAUAUACACCCAUCUUCAUCUCAAAGCUGCUACAUUUGGACUCAAUGUUGUCAUCUUAAUUAUGAUUGUCUCCAUUUACUUUUUCAAAUCGUUGGCUGAAAUUAAACGAAAUCAUGUAUAUACAUAUACCGUCAAUAAAGAAUUCAUGAGAAGAGCAACAAAAUUUUUCCGAAAAAUCCCAUU